AUGGACAUAUCCCGUGCAGACGAAGACUGGGGAUUGAGUCACCUAAGCCGGGAAGUACUGCCUGAACUUGCACGCGGUUGGAAGGCCUCGGCAUUAAGUACCCCCCUCAAGGCUCUCGCAGAAGAUGUCCUAUACGGCCGCGCAUUAAAUGGUCAACAACUAGACUUCGUUCGGCUGCAAAGCCAGCUUGAAUCCCCUGCGGAAGCUACUGCGGAGGAAAAUCCCCCGGUGGAACCUUUCUUAAGGAGGGUGCAAUGGGCACGCCUGUUACAGCUGGUGAGAGGCAGUACGGUUGAGGAAUGGGCGUCGCAGGUACAGGAGCAGCGACAGCGGUACCGUUCCCUUCGAGAGCAGCAGCAGCUUACCGCUAGCCAGCUAGCCACCUUGGACCCUCAGAGAUUUCAUCCUCUGGCAGCCACUGCUGGCAACCCCUGGAGUCAGAGACAAGCAGACGAAGAGCUGCAGGAGGAAAUCUGGAGGGAUAUAGAGCGCACGUAUCCUGAGAGGGCUUUGUUUACCCAAGACACAACGCGGCGUUCCUUACAGCGGGUCCUGUUCACAUGGGCUAAAAGCAACACAGAUAUCUCUUAUAAACAAGGCAUGAAUGAAAUACUGGCCGUCUUACACUUGGCAUGCGCCAGAGAGGCCCUAUCCGCCUGCCCAGCGGUUGAUCCAGGGGAUCCAUUCUGUAUCCUCUUUUCUGCAGACCCAGGAGAUAUAGAGGCUGAUACUUUCAGGCUCUUUGAUGGCCUUAUGACGGAUUGCUGCAUGCGGUCCAUGUACCUUCCACCACAACAAGAUGCCUUACUCCCUGCUGUCAAGGGCGAUUUCCUUGGCUCUCUUGGGGCCUCCCAGGGCCCCUCUAGGGGCCCCGCACAGUCUGCUGUCCUUCUAAGGUGCAACCGGCUGUUUAGUGGGCUGCUUGCAAAGGCGGAUCCUGCGGUGUACACGCAUCUGGAGGGCCUAGGUGUGGAGCCGCAGUUGUUCCUACUGCGGUGGUUGCGACUCCUAUUUUCUCGAGAAUUUCACAUUGAAGAUACCCUGCUUAUUUGGGAUGCUCUCCUGGCGGAUGCAUGGCUUUCUCAAGAACAGACAGCAACAACACUAGCUGCAGGAGGACCAGCAACAAUAACAGCAGGAACACCAGCAGUAGCAAAGAGGAAAGAGGAAGCAGCAGCGACACCGCAGCAGCUCGCUGAUGCAGCAUCAGCGAAGCUUCCCCUUGUUGACUUUUUUGCAGUUGCCAUGCUCAAGUUUAUUCGGCAGCAUUUGCUGGAGAGCGACUUCAGCAGCUGCCUGCGCCGCCUCCUCAAGUUCCCUCCAAUCGAAUCGGUGCAGUGCUUAGUUGCUUUAUCUUUGGCAGUUAGACAGGGAGGGAUUCCUACAUUUGCAGGUGAUGCUGCUACCUCCAUGCGCAGCUGCAACACCAGCAACAUCUACAAGUGCACCAGCAGAACUAACCCUGUCACGAAAGGCGGCACGAGUGCUGCGCUAGAGGCUUCUCGGUUUGUUCAGCCGCCGCCCCCUCUCACACGUUCAGUCAUUGUAAAUACACCUCAGCUGCAGAAGCAGCAUCCCCACGCUCAGGAAUCACAAAAGAGGAAAGAUUGGCAGAUGGACAGUUCUUUUAAGUGGAAUCUGGAUGCUGCUGCCUCUGUCAAACCAGAGGUGCCUCCAGUAUCGGGCUUCCUUGGAAGUCAUAUCGAUGCAAUGCGCCAGGCCCUGGCUGCCGUGGCUGAAGAGUGCAAUGAUCUUUCAAACGCGGCCGCUGGUCUCCUUUCAUCGGUCUCAUCUGAUUUAGCGGCUCUUAAGUCAGUUCUGGACGGCUCACAGUACUCAGCCUCAGUCUUCAAACUACAACCUCAGCGGGGCACAGGUAUAUUUGGAGGAAGUCCUGCGAGUGUUGAUGCGUCUGAUAUCACCAGGAUGCCUGGUACAGAAGAUGCCUCAGUAAUUAAUGGGAGCUGCAGUUCUCUUGCACCUUGA